AGUGGGGCCUGGGGAGGCAGCUGUUCGAAGCGAGUGUGAUGCUGCUGUCAGUUGUGCGCCGCCGGACCCGGCAGCUGCGGCUUGAGGCUGCCUCCGGCCUGGCUGUGGGGUGGAAAGCGGUAUUGAGAUCCGGCCUGUGCGGAGGGGUCGGGGCCGGGGCCGGGGCCGGGGCCGGGGCUGGGGUGAGGCUGCGGUUCGGGCCGAGUCCCACAGGCUUCCUGCACCUGGGUGGACUCCGCACAGCUCUGUAUAAUUAUAUAUUUGCCAAAAAACAUGGAGGCAGCUUUAUCCUCCGGAUUGAAGAUACGGAUCAGAGCCGUCUUGUACCUGGAGCAGUGGAAAACAUUGAGAAUGUACUGGAGUGGGCAGGUAUCUCCCCUGAUGAAAGCCCUCAGCGAGGGGGCUCUUAUGGACCAUACAAGCAGUCGGAGCGACUGGAUCUGUACUUAAAGGCCACUGAGACCCUGGUAAUGAAGAAUGCAGCAUAUUAUUGCUUCUGUAGUCCCCGGCGUCUGGAAAUGUUGAAGAAGGAAGCAUUGAGAAUGAGACAAACACCAAAAUAUGAUAAUCGCUGUAGGCACCUGACUUCGAAACAGAUCGAGGAACGACUGGCACAAGGAUGCCCACAUGUUAUUCGAUUUCGUCUGGAGGAGGGUGCUGAACCCUUUGAAGAUCUAGUGUACGGGGUGAACAGGCUGGAUCCUGCCAGUGUGGAGGGAGACCCCGUCAUCAUUAAGACGGACGGGUUUCCAACGUAUCACUUAGCAAACGUAGUCGAUGAUCACCACAUGAAGAUCAGCCAUGUUCUGCGGGGCACCGAGUGGCUCACUUCCACUGCCAAACAUCUACUAAUGUACAAGGCCUUUGGCUGGGACCCACCAGCUUUUGCUCAUCUUCCUCUUCUCCUGAACAAAGAUGGCAGCAAAUUGUCCAAGCGUCAGGGUGAUCUGUUCAUCCAGAACUUUUCCCAGAAUGGCUUCCUGCCAGAGGCUUUACUUGACAUUGUCACCAACUGUGGAUCUGGCUUCUCAGGUAAUCGGCCAGGUCGAAUCCUAGAGGAGCUGGUCAGCGAGUUUGAUGUGACCAAGAUCACAACACAUUCUGCACUCCUGGAUCUUGAUCAGCUACCAGAUUUCAACAGGAUUCAUUUGCUGCGGCAUGUUGAGAAUGUGAGCUCACGACAGCAAUUGGUGACAGAGUUGCAAGCCCUGGUUGAGAAAGAGUAUGGUGACAAGCUGAUGGAUGGCGAGGCCCUGUGCACUGACUAUGCGGAGCGGGUGCUGCUAUACCGCAAGGGCCAUAUCACCCGUUUGCAGGAUUUGGUAUCACCGGCCUACUCAUACCUGUGGAUCAGGCCUGUUGUGCCCCAUGAGCAAAUGCUGAAUCUGUCAACAGAAGGAGAGAAGAUCUGUAGGGUGGUGAUGCGCUUGUUCCAGACCUGGCCAUAUGACAGUGUGACCCCUGCACAGCUGAACUCUGAACUGAGAGCGCUACAGGCACAAUUCACAGGCACCAAGUACAGUGUCAUGAUGAAGUUCCUUCGACUGGUUCUCAGUGGACAGCAGCAAGGACCAAGUGUGGCUGAGAUGAUGCUGUCUUUGGGUCCUAAAGAGGUGUGUCAACGUCUGCAGCAAGCGGCCAUCCAUUGACCACAGGUAUCUUCCUGUGACCUGUACGCUUGGGAAGUCACGAGUGAUACACUGCCCCCUGACUUGUAUGAAUGUGUUUCUCUGCAGACAAAUCAUCUAGGAAGGGGAAAUACAUAUAAACAAACUCCUUAUACUCCAGGAUGCAGCCACUUGGUGUAUUAAUGACCUCUCGCCAUGUUGGGCUCUGGAUUGUGACUGUCUUUCUCUGGCCAAGGGAGCUGGGGGAUAAUUGAGUUGCACUCCAGCAGAGAGGGGAGAAACACCCCGUUCUUGCACAGUCUGCCCCAAGACACUCACCUGUUCUACUUCUCAAACCUGUGACUGCUGGACCACAAGCAGUGUCUUGUUGCUUUGAUUAUCUGACUGCUGAGGACCGCAGGCCACUCACUCCUUGUAUUUAUAUUUCUCAUUCUUGUAUUGAGUUUUGUAUUAAGGUUUGGAAAGUGCUGUUUUUGUCUUCAGUAGUGGACACAUCCUAGUUCUGAACACCAUAUCUGUUAGCAUCAUAGAAUUUACAGACCAGAAGUAGGCCAGUCGGCUUAAUUGGUCUAUACCAGCACAUGAACCUCCAACCAUCCCACUUCAUCCAGCCCUAUCAGCAUAUCCUUCUAUUCCUUUCUCCCUCUUAAAUAUAUCAAUACCAUUUGCCUGAAUUAUUCCUGUGGUAGCAAAUUCCACUUUCCAUCCACAUGCUGGAUGAAUUUUCUCCUGAAUUGCCUAUUGGAUUUAUUUUAUAUUUAUGUUCUCUAGUUUUGGCCUCCCCCACUUGAGGAACACCACCACCUGCAAGUUCUCCUCCAAGCCACACACUAUCGUGACUUUGAACUAUAUUGCUGUUCCUUCACUGUCGCUGGGCAAAAUCCUUUAACUCCCUCCCUAACAGCACUGGGUGUACCUACACCAUGGACCGCAGUGGUUCAAGAAGGCCGCUCACCACCACUACCUCAAUGGCAGUUUGGAUGGACAAUAAAAGCUGGUCUUGCUAGUGAUGUUCACAUUUCAUGAAUGAAUUUUUAAAAGGUCUAUUGCAGGAAUAUCCAGCCUAUACCAGCAGAGGCUACAUAUAAAUACAGUGCUGAUUCUCAUUAGUUCCCAUAUAAUUAUAUAUACAUAAUAGAGGUUAAGACCAUCAGGAAACACUGAAAAGGCUGUGGCUUUUUUCUCUGGAAAGUAGAGGUCAGAGGUGAUCUAAUAGAGAUCUUCAAAAUUUAUGAAGGGCUUUGAUCAGAUCAACGUUGAGAAGGUGGGGCAGAUCAGAAUGGGCUGCGAGUUGAACAAGCCUGUUCUAGGUGGUAGACAUUGCGGGUUUUGAAGGUGCUGUUGAAGGAGGCUUGGUGAGUUCUGCCGUGUAUCAAGGAGUGGAAAUUGCUGGACUGUCAGCUGUGGCUCACUUAAUAGCACUCCUGCCUCUGAGUCACAAGAUUUGGGGUGAAGUCUCACUUCAGGACUUGAGCACAAAUAUAAAGGCUGACAACUCCAGUGCUGACUAUUGGAGGUGCCAUCUUUUGGAUGAGAUGUUAAACCAAGACUCUGUAUGCCCUCUCAGAUGGACAUAAAGAUCCCAUGGUACUAUUUCAAAGAAGAUCAGGGAGCUAUUCCCAAUGUCCUGGCUAGUAUUUAUCCCUCAAUUAACAUCUCAAAAACAGAUUAUCUAAUUAUUAUCACAUUGCUGUAUGUGGGACCUUGUUGGGUGCCAUAUUUCCUACUUUAUAACAAUGACUACAUUUCAAAAGUACUUCACUGGGUGUAGAGGACUUUGGGUCGUCCGCUGGUAAUGAGAUGUGCUAUGUAAAUAGAAGUCUUUUAGAAGAAAGCACAAGUGUGUGUGAAAAUGUCAGCCCAGACAACAAUGUGAAUUCGAACAUAUGCCUUCAGUAAUACCUGUUAAUUGACCUAUCAGCUUCUUAAUUCUAAACAAUUCCUGUCAGUCAUUUCCCCACCACAUUAAAUCAUGAAAUGCAGUAAAA